UCAUGUGUGCGACAGUGGAACGCCGGUCUCGGGGCCUUCCUUAGAGGAAAUUGUCUCGGCAAAGGCGUCACUUCCGCUCUCCAACCAGGUUGUUCGCGCGGUUCUGGAAUUUGUUUUCCUGCUGAAGAGGAAAGCCGGGGCCUCGUGAUAAAAACCGGAGGGGAGAGGAGGGAACAGGCGUCAGACAGCAACGAUAAAGAACGGAAGCUUGCACAGGAUGAGGCGGAGUAAAGCAGAACUCCAGCGAUACAUAGAAAAUGCGCAGAACAGCGCGUCAUCACCCAGAGAGAAAUCCAUGAAAGGAUUCCUUUUUGCUAGACUCUAUUAUGAAGCUAAAGAAUAUGAACUUGCUAAAAGAGCUGUGUCUUCGUACAUAAGUGUACAGGAAAGGGACCCAAAAGCACAUCGGUUCCUUGGACAACUGUUCGAGAUUGAAGGGAAUGUGGAAAAAGCUGUUGGCUGUUACAAGCGCUCAUUGGAGUUAAACCCCACUCAGAAGGAUCUUGUACUUAGAAUUGCAGAGUUGAUAUGUACUCUUAAUAUCAAAGAUGGCAGAGCAGAAUACUGGGUGGACAGAGCAUCAAAGCUUUUCCCAGGAAGUCCUGAAAUUUACAGACUCAAAGAACAACUGCUUUCCUUACAAGGAGAAGCUGGUUGGAAUCAGCUCUUUGAUUUAAUACAGGCUGAACUUUUUGCAAGACCCAACGAUGUGUAUGUAAAUCUGAAGCUUGUAGAUUUGUUUCUGUCCAACCAAAGACUGGAGGAAGCAGUUUUGCAUUGCCUUAAACCUGAGAGAAGAGCUUUGAGGACAGAUCUAGAAUGGUGCUCCUGUGUUGUCAGAGUAUUUAAGGAAUAUCUGGCUUCAAAACAAGGACAAAAAACCACCAAUAUGAGAGCAAUAACAAAAGAACUAUUGAUUGCACAUUGUGAUGUUGUCCUUUUGACACUUUCUAAAAAAGAUGUUCAGAAGAGCAAAGAAGCUCUUGAAAGAUUUGACCAGGCCCUCUUGUCUGUAAAACAGUCUGUGAGUGGUACAGAUUCGACUGAUUUGUCUGUAACAUUUUAUGAAAUGAGAGGUCACUACUACAUGCAUGCUGGGACCCUGCUACUGAAAAUGUCUCAGAGCUGUGAAGUUCAGUGGAAGGCAUUAAUUGAACCUGCUGCUCUCUGUUACCUUCUGGCUUAUCAGGUUCCGAAGCCAAAAAGUAAGCCAGUAAAGGGGGAUGACAACGGACAAGGUUUCCUAGAAGCAUUAGCGUCUGACCGGCAAAGUAAAUCUGGUCAUGAAUUGCUAACUUUGAGCCAUGGAAGACAGAACUUCAUUAGUGAGGUUAUAGAGACUUUUGCAAACCAAUGUGGCCAGUCUAUUUUGCUUAAGUUUCUGUUUGAGGACAAUUUAUCAAUGCAAGAUUCAUUCAUGGGUGGUGAUGAUAUAAGCUAUGUUGAGAAUCGGGUGCCGGACUUAAGUGAGCUUUCCCAGCAUGACAAUAGUUCUUUUCGAAUACACAAUGGUGACCUUCAGCACCUGACCUGGCUUGGGUUACAGUGGCACUUUCUAUCAGCGUUGCCUCCCUUUCGCAAGUGGCUUAAACAAAUUUUUCCUCGGGUGCCUCAAGAAACCUCAAGACUUGAGUCCAAUGUUCCAGAGUCUAUCUGUCUUCUGGAUCUUGAGGUAUUUUUGCUGGCAGUUGUGCAUACUAGUACCCUUCAGUUGCAAGAUAACAACACAACUGCUGAUCCAAACAGACCGCGAUGUCUUCCUCUUGCAAUCUGCAAACAGCUAUUUACAGAUAAGCAGCGGUCCUGGUGGGAUGCUGUUUACAGUCUUAUUACAAAAAAGGCUUUACCUGGCACCUCAUCAAAGCUGCGUCAUGUGAUUCAACAUGAUCUUCCUACUCUAAGAGCUCAGGAGAAGCAUGGCCUUCAGCCUGCUGUUCUUGUUCAUUGGGCAAGGAGUCUUCACAAAACAGGUUACAGUCUGAAUUCCUUCUAUGACCAAAAGGAGUACAUGGGACGCUGUGUCCACUACUGGAAGAAACUGUUACCUCUUCUAGAUUUGGUCAAACAGAAAAAGAGCAUUCCUGAGCCUGUUGAUCCUUUGUUCAAGCACUUUCAUAGUAAAGACAUUAAGGUUUCUGAAGUAAAAGACCUAGAAGAUGAAGCAUGCAUUGCCUUUGCGACAUUGGAUUUAGUCGAUGGAAAAACAGAGGAUGCGAUAAUUGCAUUUGAGUCUGUUAAGAACGUCGUUGCCUAUUGGAACCUUGCUUUGAUAUACCAGCGUAAAGCAGAAGAAAUUGAGAAUGAUGGCUUGCCAGCAGAAGAACAGGAAUACCUGCUUAAGUGCAAAGGCUAUUUGAAAAUGAUUUGUGAUGAAUAUUCUACUGAUCCCUCCAUUGCAACAUCGUUGCCUGUUCCUGUUGAGACUGUAUUUGAGAUGCUGGAUUCAGUAAAGCAGAAUCUUGGAGAAGCUAUGGAAGAUCAUAGCCCAGGCUUCAUGGAAAAUCAUUCAGCUUUGGCAAUAAAACAUUCCACGCCAUCACCCACCAAACUGUCCAUAUCUCCAAGCAAAUCAGCUCGGUUUUCUCCCAAAACACCACCACGUUGGGCAGAAGAUCAAAAGUCCCUAAUUGAAGUGCUCUGUAAUACAGUUGAAGCAUUGAAGAAAGAAGUUCAGGAGUUGAAACACAACAAUUCAAAUGCAAACGCAUCCCCUCAUAGAUGGCCUAAUGAAGGAUUUGAGUCUGAUACUGUUGCUGAUGGCUACCAAGGAACUCAAAGUUUCUAUACAGUUCCCCUAACAGUUUCCACUUCAGGACCUGCUGCUUACUAUGGCCAGUCACCAGCAUAUAAUUCUCAGCAUCUUCUCAGGCCAGCAGCUAAUAUUACUCCAACAAAGACAUCUGUAUAUGCAAUGAACAGGUUGCCACCACCACAACAACAUAUGUAUGCCUACCCACAACCAAUACAUACACCGGCAACUCAGCAGAGUUCAGCAGCAUGUGUAUUUCCACAAGACAUUUAUGGUCCACCAAUGCGAUUUGAGUCUCCUGCAACUGCAAUUUUGUCACCACAUAAUGAAGAAUUUUACAAUUACAGCGUUCCACCAGCCAGCACAAAUCCACCACUGCCAGAACCUGGUUAUUUUACUAAGCCUUCCCCAGCAAUGCAGCACUCCAAACAAGAAGUUCCAAAAGUGUCUGAUUUUGGAAAAGCUUGCUUAGGUCCGUUAACAUCAGAAAUACCAUCUCCAUUUGCUGUACCAAUGCAGUCUACGCCAGCAUCAUCAGCUUUCAAGUUUAACUCCAACUUUAAAUCCAACGAUGGGGAUUUCACAUUUUCAUCUAGUGAAGCAGGAGCACAGACAAAUAGUGCUUAUACUGGCAGUGAGAGUCUGUUAGGGCUUCUGACAUCUGAUCGACCGACUCAAGAGCAAGAAAAAAAAUCUUCUGGUUUUGAGAAAGUUACCAGUGAUGAAAAAAGCAUGUUUAGAUUUGGGGAAAAGAGCUUUUCAUCAGGUUUCACUGUAAGUGGAACACAAAACCAAGAUAAAAAUCCUUUAGUCUUUAGCCAAAGUGAAAACAUUUUUAACUUUAAGAGUCCUGGAAAAUCUACAUUUACUCCCCCAACAUUUGGUACCCAGGCCAAAGAUGCACACAACCACAGUGUGGAAUCUGAUGCAGGAAGCGAACAUGCUGCUGAUGAUGAUGGGCCACACUUUGAGCCUAUUGUACCUCUUCCUGAAAAAAUUCACGUUAAAACUGGAGAAGAGGAUGAAGAAGAAAUGUUUUGCAAUAGAGCAAAACUGUUUAGAUUUGAUGCAGAAACUAAGGAAUGGAAGGAAAGGGGUAUUGGAAAUGUGAAGAUUUUAAGACACGGGCUGUCUGGCAAGAUUCGCUUGUUAAUGAGACGGGAACAAGUGCUAAAGAUUUGUGCUAAUCACUACAUAAAUGCAGAUAUGAAACUUAAGCCAAAUGCCACAUCAGAUAAGUCUUAUGUUUGGCAUGCUUAUGACUAUGCAGAUGAAAUGCCCAAACCAGAGCAGCUUGCUAUUCGUUUUAAAACUGUAGAUGAGGCUGUUCUUUUCAAGGCAAAAUUUGAGGAGGCGCAAAGGCUUCUAGCUAAGGCACAGUCCCCUGCUGCUUUAGGUCAACAAACAAAUGCAAAAGACAACCUAAAGGUGGAUUCUAGAAAGACAAAGGAAGCACCCCUUACUUUUGGAUCACAGUUUGUUUUGAAAGGUGGAGAAUGGCAGUGCGACUGUUGCCUUGCUAAAAAUGCACCAACUUCUAAUUCAUGUGUGUGCUGUCAAACGCCAAACAAAAACAAGAGUAGCUCAAUAAGUUCUUCUCAAGACACUGCAAAACAAAACACUGCCCCUGGUUCUACAUGCAUAUCUGCAACAUCGUUUACAUUUUGUAAGGAAAGCGCAACUAAUAAGCUUGUAUUUGGUCAGCAGCUUUUGAAAGAUAAAGAACAAUGGACAUGUAGUAAGUGUUCGCAGAAAAAUGAUGCAGUAGUUCGCCACUGUUCCUCCUGCCAAACCCAAAAUCUUGCAAAGGCUGGCAUUUCUCAACCUAACAAAGCCAAUAUUGGAUUUACAAAUAAUACAUCUGCUCAGGGUGAUAGCUUGGCAGCAGUAUUUGGAAAGAAAGCAGGUCAGUGGGAUUGUGAUGCAUGUUAUGUUAGAAAUGAACCUUCAGCAACUAAAUGUAUUUCUUGUCAAAAUACAAGUCCUUUGAAUAAAGUUACUGGUACACCAUCAGCAUCAUUUUCCUUUGCUGCUGGUGCUGAUAAUUCACAAAAGGAUUUUGUUGCCCAGUUUGCAAAAAAGGAAGGACAGUGGGAUUGCAGUUCAUGUCUUGUCAGAAAUGAAGCAUCUGCUGCAAACUGUGUAGCUUGCCAGAGUGCCAAUCCACUGACAACAAAUAAAGAUACUGUGCCACCUGCCCAGUCACCAUCUGGCUUCAAAUGUGGGUUUAAUGCAGAGUUUGGUAAAACACAACCUAGUCUAUCUGCUAUGUUUUCACACAAAGAGGGCCAGUGGGAGUGCAAUACCUGCUUAGUCAUAAAUGAUGCUUCAAAAGAAAUGUGUGCUGCUUGCCAGGCUGCUAAACCGGACUCAUCUGCCAAUCAAAGCAAGGAGGUACCUUUUACCUUUGGUUUUAAAGGCAAUUCAUCACAAAAUUUUGGGCAACUUGCGGCAGGAUUUAAUUCUGAUUUCUCUGCAAAAGGGUUCAAGUUUGGUAUAAGUGAUGAAAAGGCAUCUGCAUCAAAUUUUACAAGUAAAGUCCCUGUUACGAAUGAUGAAACAAAGUUGGUAAAGGAUGGCUUCAACUUUCCAGUGUCUACCAGUCCCCAUACUUUUAACUUUGGCAUUUCUGAGCCUGGUAAGACAAAGGAAAUGUCUACUGGUUUCGUGAAGGUUACUUGCCCACAUGAUAAAGGGUCUGAAACAGCUGAGAAUACUACAAAAGCUGAAAAAAUCCAACAAAGCUCUGAUAAAGUUCUUGGGCAGUCUGUACAGAGCUUUACUUUUGCAAAUAUUGCAAAAACAUCGAGUACAGAAGGAUUUAAAUUUGGGAAAGCAAACUCCAAUUGUACAGACUUUUCUGGUGCAGGGCAAAAAAUAUUUUCUUCCCAAAAUGUCAAAAGUGAUCAAAUAAUUGCAUCUAAUGAGCAGGAGGCUGCAGAUGAUCUUUACAAAACUGAGGAACUUGAUGACAUCCAUUUUGAGCCAAUAGUCCAACUUCCUGAUAAAGUGGAUCUCGUAACCGGAGAAGAAGAUGAGAGAACUCUUUAUUCGCAAAGGGUAAAAUUGUACAGGUUUGAUGCAACAAACGGACAGUGGAAAGAACGUGGAGUAGGAAUCCUAAAGAUCCUUAAAAAUGAAGCCAAUGGAAAACUGAGACUACUCAUGCGACGGGAGCAAGUUCUAAAAGUGUGUGCGAACCACUGGAUAACUACUACAAUGAAUCUGAAACCCUUAACAGGCUCUGACCGUUCCUGGAUGUGGUUGGCUAAUGAUUUUUCUGAUGGAGAUGCAAAGUUAGAGCAGUUGGCUUCAAAGUUUAAAACACCCGAGCAGGCUGAAGAGUUUAAGACUAAGUUUGAUGAGUGUCAGCGUCUCUUAUUAGAUAUUCCUCUGCAGACUCCUCAUAAGCUUGUAGACACUGGCAGGACUGCUCAUUUGAUACAAAAAGCUGAGGAAAUGAAAACUGGACUAAAAGAUCUAAAAACCUUUUUAACAGAUAAAGCUAAACCUUUGGAUGACUCAAACAUGGUAAACUCUACUGACCUAGUGAAACAGGCAUCUGCAGAAGAUGGCACUGAGCCAACAUUUGAGUGGGACACAUAUGAUAUGAGAGGAGAUGCACAUGAAGAGACUUUAGAUGACUCUGUAUAUGCCUCUCCACUAGCAAGUAGCCCAGAGAAGAAAAAUCUCUUUAAAUUUGGUGAAUCAACAUCAGGUUUUAGCUUUAGCUUCCAACCAGUUCCAAGUCCAUCAAAGUCUCCAACAAAAUUAAAUCAUAGCAGGGUAUCUGUGGGUACAGAUGAGGAAUCUGAUGUUACCCAGGAAGAAGAGCGAGAUGGCCAGUACUUUGAACCUGUUGUUCCUUUACCUGAUUUGAUUGAAGUAACAAGUGGGGAAGAAAAUGAACAAGCCCUUUUCUGCCAUAGAGCAAAACUUUACAGGUUUGAUAAAGACUCCAAUCAGUGGAAGGAAAGAGGAAUUGGGGACUUAAAGAUUUUACAGAGUUUAGAUAAUAAAUCUGCUCGAGUGUUGAUGAGAAGGGAUCAGGUACUGAAACUCUGUGCCAAUCAUCGCCUAACAACAGAUCUAAACCUACAACCAAUGAAAGGGGCUGAAAGAGCCUGGGUAUGGACUGCGCAUGACUUUGCUGAAGGAGAAGGAAAGGUAGAAUGUUUUGCUGUACGUUUUAAACUACAGGAGGUUGCUGAUUUGUUCAAAGAGGUAUUUGAAGAGGCUAAAGAGGCACAAGCUACAGACUGUUUGCUUACUCCAGUUUCUUGUGACGCAACACCCAAAGCUGCUUCAUGUGGAAAAGCUGCCAUAGCAAUAGUAGAGGAAACUACAAAAGAGAGAACAGAUCAGCAGCCUGUAGAAAACACUUCCCUAUCAGAAGCUGGCACAUCAUCUCCUGCAGAUCAGCCUGCAAAGACCUUGGUUUCUCCUGCAAAAUUUUCUUUUGGAUCUGAUGCUGUAAAGAAUAUCUUUGGUAGUGAGAAGCAAAAGCCAUUUGCAUUUGGUAACACAUCGUCCACAGGGUCAGUGUUCGGCUUUAGCUUCAAUGCUUCUCAAAGCCAGAGUUCAGAAGAGCAGAAGCAGCUUCCCAAAGUUACCCUGGAUUUCGAUUCUACCCUAAAGGGUCCAGAGACUACUGUACAGAAGCCUUCUCGGAUAAGUGUCCAGAGUCCUAUAGUUUCUUCUCUGACAUCAUCAACCCUUGUGCAGCCCAUGCCAGCGAAAGAUAAGACAGACGAUGUCCUUGAUGCAGAUAGCACUUCAGAUGUACUCAUUAUAUAUGAGAUGACCCCUACCCCUGAGCAGAAAGCCUUAGCGAAAUCUCUGCUUUUGCCUUUAACAUUUUUCUGCUACAAAAACAAACCUGGAUAUGUCAGUGAUGAGAGCGACAUUGAUGAUGAGGACUUUGAGACUGCUGUAAAAAAUCUGAAUGGUAUUUUGUAUGCAGAAGAUAAGAAAGAUAGAGCAUCCAUGCGACUCUCAGGUUAUAGCAAGGACCCUACAGCUGAAUCUCAUCCGGAUUGUGUAAUAGAUUGGGAAAAGAAGCCCACUCCUGAAGAAAAAGCCAAGGCAGACAGUUUUAAGCUCCCUCCAUCAUUUUUCUGUGGUUUGGGUAGCAACUCAGAUGAAGACAAGGAUAACCUAGAAGACUUUGAUACAGAAGUUAGAAACGUUAAGGAGGCUAAUGGAGUUCCAGAAGCAGAUGUAAAUAGUUCCUCUGAAGCUGCCAUAGUGUGUGCAGCUGAACCCAAACAAGAGCGUGAUUCCACCACAAGCAUUUCCCAGGAACCUGUAGACUUGUCCUCUAAACAGGAGCUUCCCAAAUCAGACUCUGUCAGCAAAGCAGGGUUUUCUGCUCCUAGUUUCUCUUUUGGGCUGGGUUCAGUUGCUGGAGUUUCCUUUGCAGAUUUAGCAUCUACGAAUUCUGGUGAUUUUGCCUUUGGUUCUAAAGAUACCAGCUUCCAGUGGGCCAAUACCGGAGCAUCAGUUUUUGGUUCUCAUUCCCAGAGCAAAAAGGGUGAGGAUGAGGAUGGCAGUGAGGAAGAAGUGGUGCACAGUGAUGAUGUACAUUUUGAGCCAAUUGUGUCCUUACCAGAGGUGGAAGUAAAAUCAGGAGAAGAAGAUGAAGAAAUUCUUUUCAAAGAGAGGGCAAAGUUGUACCGCUGGGACAGAGCUGUCAAUCAGUGGAAAGAGAGAGGAGUUGGCGACAUAAAAAUCCUUUUUCAUAAAGAAAAGGGAUAUUAUCGAGUUCUGAUGCGCCGAGACCAAGUCCUGAAAGUGUGCGCUAAUCACGUUAUUUCAACAGAAAUUAUGAUCAGCCCCUUAAAUACAUCAAACAACUCGCUGGUAUGGACAGCAACGGACUAUUCAGAUGGUGAAGGUAAAGUGGAACAACUGGCAGUGAGAUUCAAGAAUAAGGAGAUGACUGAUUCCUUCCAGAGCAAAUUUGAAGAAUGCCAGCAGAAUUUGCAAAAGCAGUCCAAUCCUCAACAUUAAGGGCUCUCGUUAAAUGACAUUCUAAUUUGGGACUAAGAACAUAUUGCCAUUUAAUGAUUUUCUCACGUGGGAAUAAAAACACUUCUUAUUGGAUUUGUGGUGGCCAAGUCAUCUUCUAUAUUUAUAGUUUAUAAUCUCUGCAAAGCAGAAUUCUAAAUACAAGAUGUGUUACAGUACACUAUGACAUUUCAUAGGAAAUAUAGGAAUAUAUUUUAUGGCCUGUUCUUACUGCCUUUAAAAAAUGUAUCCAUGCUAUGUCCUGUAUGGUAGCACUUUAUUGCCACACACUAAUUUUCCAUCUGAUAAGGAAGUCUAAAAUUCUCAUUUGUUUUGAUGCAAGAACUGGGGUCUCACUAAGUUUUAAUGCAGCAAAACUGUCGUAAAUGGUUUUGCCGUUUUUUUCUAGUCUGUCUUUUGAGGCCUAGUGAAAAUAAUUAUAUUGGCGUAAAUUAUCAAAACCUUGUGCACUUGUAAAACAAAUCAUUUACAUUUUUAAAAAAAUAAACGGUGUAAAUAAAGUUCA